AUGGAGUUUUCACAUUUCCUCUCAUUUCUAUCCCAGUUUCAGAGGACACACUGCCAGAGGAUGGAAUACAAGCUCCCAGGUAUCCCCAUAGUGUCUUCUACUGCUUCAGUCAUGGGUCAAUCUUCCUGUUCCAUAUCCUCUCAUAGAAAGGGUGGUGAUUUGGCUUACAGCUUUGAGAAAUUUUUUAAGGAAUUCAAGCUGGAAAGAAAAAUUCUCUCUCAGGAAACCAUCACCUUGAUUCAAUCACAAGUGGUGAAGUGGGACCUUCAGAGAGCAGUUUCUGUAAUCAGUGAUGCAUUGAGAGACAUGGAGAAUGCCCCAGUAAACAUUGCUGUGACUGGGGAGUCUGGGACAGGGAAGUCCAGCUUUAUCAAUGCCCUGUGGAGAGUGGGUCACGAGGAUGAUGGGGCUGCCCCUGUUGGGGUAGUGGAGACAACCUUUAAGAGAACUCCAUACAAACACCCAAAGUUUCCCAAUGUAACAUUAUGGGACCUGCCCAGUGUGAGGACUACUACCUUACAGCCACAGAAAUAUCUAAAUAAAAUGAAAUUUGGUGAAUAUGAUUUCUUUAUUAUCAUCUCUGCUACAUGCUUUAAGGACAAUGAUCUGUAUCUGGCUACAGCAAUUAGAAAAAUGAAGAAAAAUUUUGUCCAAAGUAAAGUAGACAGUUAUUUACAUAACCUAGAAAUGAGUAAACCCAACACAUUUGAUAAGCAUGAAAUCCUGCAAAGGAUCUGCAAUGACCAUGUGACACAUUUGCAGGAGGCCAAUGUGAGUGAUCCUCAGAUCUUCUUAGUCUCCAGCCUUGAGUUGUCUGGCUAUGAUUUCUAAAGACUGGAGACCACCCUUCUGAGGGAGCUCCCAGUCCCCAAGCACCACAUCUUCAUGCAAUACUUGCCGAAAGUUAUGGAGACUGCCACUGAUUGGAGGAGGGAUUCUCUGAGAUGGAAGAUAUGGUUGGAGGCCCUGAAGGCUGGAACAUCAACCCCGAACCCUUUCCUGGGCUUGAUCAGUGAUAACGAUGUGGAGAAGCUGGAGGAGACUUUAACACUUUACAGGUCUUACUCUGGGCUGGAUGAUGCAUCCCUGGAAAUCAUGGCCAAGGACUUGCACGUGUCAGUGGAGAAACUCAAGGCAAAACUUAGGUCUCCCCAUUUGCUCUCACUUGAGAAGGAUGAUGAGUUGCUAGGGGAAAAACUGCUGAGAUAUGUGGAAAAAUUCUGCUCUGUUAGUGGACAACCCAUUGCCACUGGCUUUAGAAAGAUUUUCUAUUUGCAAAAUUAUUUCCUUGAGACUGUGGUGAGUGAUGUGAAAGUUCUUCUUAAAAAAGAAGAGAUUUUUAAGGACUCCAUGGGCUCUGGACAAGCCUAUCUACUUAAGGAUGUUGGGAAUUAUAAUGGGAAAAGUGAGACAGCCAGUUCCUGA